AACAGACAGAGAAUGUCGUCCGUACGAAUAAGACGAGAUGAAAAUUCUUCGGAUCUUCCACCCCAUAUUGAAAAAGAAUUGGAAAAAAGAAAAAAUGAUUGGCAACAUGAAGUUGAAAGGUUACAACAAGAAUUCUUCAAGAUGCCGCUGCCAAAAUCAAAUGAACAAAGUUACAGACCAACUUUUCAAACAAACACAAAUCAGCCGGAAGCUAUUCAAGCUUUACCUGGUGAAGAUGACGAAAGACAUAAAGAUUUGCUAAGAAAAGUUCUUGCAAGAGAUCAAGAUGAUUUUGUUGUUGAAUUCGAUUUAAGCGAAUUUGAUCAGGAGAGCGUUAAAAUUAGUCUAUCCGAUAAAUCACGCAAUUUAAUUGUUAGUGCUAAAAAGGAGGCGAAGGAAGGCGAUACGACAACAACCAGAAAUUUUAGGAAAGAAGUUCAUGUUCCCUUUAACAUCGAUUUAAAUACACUUCAAUCUAAAUUGGUGGAUGGUAAUCUCAGGAUAAGUGGAAGAAAAGAACAAAAGGAACCUCCACCCAGCUACGAAGAGUUUGAUAUUGAACCAUAUACCUCUAACAAUAUGCAAUUAGAUACAAUUGACAGUGUGCUGCAAAAUCCGUAUUAUGAUUCUAGCUUUGAAGUCGCCAAACCGGAGAUGACGCUUUCUAGUCAAUCAAAUAAACUCAAAGCUAUUGAAUCAAAUCCUGAUAAGAUAACAAAGCUAGAAGUUAAUAUUGGAAUUACCUACAAAGCUGAAAACGUCACAAUCAAGGUAACGCCUGAUAAAAUAAGCAUUGUAGCUGAAAAAGAAGAAAAAAUUGGUUCGCAGACUUCUAAACGGCAAUUCGUAAGAAAUUUUCAAAUGACCGACAAGAUAAAUGUUUGGUCUGUAGAAGCGGUUUCAUCUGAUGGAGUAGUUACAAUAUGCGCAUGUGCUGCUGAUGCUGAUCUUGAAGAAGUUAGAAGAGAACUACGAAGAAAUUUACCCAUUUCUGGAAAACGAUGCCGAGUUAUUCAAGAGUCUUAAGAAAUUGAGUUAUUUUAAAGACAUGUAGAACUGAUCGAAGGAUAAUAAUAAAGCUUUAAUAGUUCCAAUAUUUAUGUUAUUAAUGGCAAUAAUUAAAUAUUAUUAUUUUUCUCUUUCUCACACAUAGUCUCUCUCUUUCCCUUUCUAUUGUCUGAAUUCUCUUUUCUCUCUAUAUAUAUAUAUAUUUGCUGAAAAUAAAUAAUACGUCUAUUUGUUAAGUGUGUGUAGUCCCAUUAUUGAUAGCUUAGAUUUUCGAAAGCGGCGAC